AUGUAAUAACGUUCUAGUUUGCAUCGUACUCGAGUCCCAAACGGACGCCAUGGUUCACUACUCCUUUUACGUUAUUUCGUGUUUCAUCCUCGGUUUAAAUUCUGCGAGUGGUCAGCUCAGCACUGUCAACGGCAGGAUCAAAAUUACAGUUGUAACCACAUCUGCCUGCAGCGAUACCUUUAGAUUCAUCAACGACCAGCUUGUCCCAGCUUACAACCAGUACGGCAAUUUCUUGGACCUAGAAUUCGUGCCAUGGGGCAGAACUACAAGAAAUCCAGACGGAUCUUUCACUUGUCAGUUCGGAGAGAACGACUGCUGGGCGAACAGGCUUCACAGAUGCGCCCUGAACAUGCUGAGAGGUAACCAGACAGCUCAAAUGAACUACAUGGAUUGCGAGUUCACGUUACCUCUCCCUGGUUUCACGCAAGGGACCUACGCCUGCGCACAGGCAUCUGGACUGCGGCUCAUUGAGGUGGAUAACUGCGUUGCUUAUGGUUCAGCUGAGCUGGAUCGCGCGGCGGAAGAAGCGGCCAAACUGCCGAUGCAAGCAAUUAACUUCGUUCCUGCGAUCUCGUUCAAUAACCAGAACAGCAUCGAUCUUAACAACCAGGCGAGGUCCAGGCUGUCCAGCAUGAUCUGUUUCGCUUUAGCCAACGAUCCCAUCACAGGCGUAGUUAGCUGCACGAUUUAAUUAUUUCUUUUAUUUCUAACUUUAAUCAUGUAUUAAACAUUUUAUACAUAAA